CAGGCGAGUCUCUAACGCCGCCAUCAUUGUUUUGUUUUUGUCUUGACAAGGGGGUCCUUUAAAGAUAAUAAGCGGGCUAUUCCUCUAUUUUAAGAUGCACAUAGGUCCUGUUUUCUGGAUUACUACUAUGAAAGGAGCCCGUGUUUUAAUCAAAGACUUUUUAUUUUAAAUUCAAAUUAAAUUAUUGUGUGCCAAUCCACAAAAGGAGAGGUCUGGUUUGCCCCCUUAUUGAAAACAAGGUUGAGGACAGUGCAUGACAGCUGAGAAUUACUAAGCAUUUAAAUCGUGCCUUUAAAAGACAAAAUGAGCGACAACGUGCUUCAUUCUGCGGGUAAGGGUGGUCAAACCCCCGGACCCGCGGAGAGCAGCACCACCCCGUCUGACCAGGAGAACUUCCCGUACGACGCGGACGAUCCCGACGAGGAGAGCGACGUGCUGGAGACGUCUGACCCGAGAGACGGAGCAGUGAGUCCCGAAGAGCUCAACGACGACGAGACGUCCGGAGAGAGCGAGAAUGUGCCCAAGACCUGCAUCUAUGACGGCUGCACGGAGACCACCACACAGGUGGCAAAAGCCAGGAAACCCUGGAUGUGCAAAAAACACCGUAAUAAAAUGUACAAGGAUAAAUAUAAGAAGAAGAAAAGCGACCAGGCCAUGUCAUCAGGAAAGUUAGAAGAGGUUUCAGAGGAGAGGCCUGUCUCUGUUACUAAGCAACGGCUGGGUACUAUGGGGGAUAGACCAGCCAGACCUUCCCUCAUUGAGCAGGUGUUGAAUCAGAAAAGACUGUCUCUGCUGAGAAGUCCAGAAGUCAUCAGCUUCCUACAGCAGCAACAACGUUUGCUGACCACACAGAAUCGCACCCAAACCCAGCACAACUACUGAAGAUUGAAGAUGUUUUACCUGUGACUGUUGGAUAUCCUGUCAAGGGCUUUAUGCAAUCAUGUUUUUACAAAUAUAUUUAAAUGGGGAAUAUUCGGUUGAUCUGAAGAUUAUCGGUAUCUGUGACCUGAAGCCACUCUAGAUAGUGUUUAGUACCAGUGAUGAGAACUGGGAUAUUUUAAAUGGAUCUGAUCGAUCUAAUAUAUUGCUGACAUCAUGGAGCUCUUUGAUAUCAUGAAAUGAAUUAACAGCUAAAUCUACUGUAUGUCAAAAUGUAUUUAAACUGCCAUUCUGUUCUGCUACGUGUAGUGUCAUUUUAUUGUGUCAUUUUAAAGUAUUGAUAAGCAAUUAUAAAUUGCCAGCUGUUACUGUUAUUUUGUUGUGAUUAUUGGAAUGGAAUUGGAAUGAGCAUAUUUAUUUCAUGCUUUUUGUAACCUUAAUAAUUACUUAGUCAUUAACAUAAUGCUUAACAGAUCAGUAAUUGAUGUACAUUCAAACAUGAAUAUACAGGUGCAUCUCAAUAAAUUAGAAUGUCGUGGAAAAGUUCAUUUAUUUCAGUAAUUCAACUCAAAUUGUGAAACUCGUGUAUUAAAUAAAUUCAAUGCACACAGACUGAA